AUGGAACAAUCUUCUCAGCAACAGGAUACGCAAGUCCCUACUUUUAAGUUGGUACUGGUUGGAGAUGGAGGCGUUGGUAAAACUACUUUUGUGAAGCGCCAUUUAACGGGAGAGUUUGAGAAAAGAUAUGUAGCCACACUAGGUGUAGAAGUGCAUCCGCUGUUAUUUCACACUAAUCUUGGACCGAUAAGAUUUAAUGUUUGGGAUACGGCCGGUCAAGAAAAAUUUGGAGGACUUCGUGACGGUUAUUACAUUCAGGGACAAUGCGCGAUUAUUAUGUUCGAUGUUACCUCUAAAAUGACUUAUAAGAAUGUCCCGAAUUGGCAUCGAGAUCUUGUUCGUGUUUGCAAUGAAAUCCCAAUUGUUUUAUGUGGUAACAAGGUUGACGAAAAAGAUCGUAAAAUUAAGGCCAAACUGAUAAAUUUUCAUCGAAAGAAGAAUUUACAGUAUUACGAUAUCAGCGCAAAAAGUAACUACAACUUUGAGAAGCCGUUUCUUUGGCUUGCACGAAAAUUGACGGGCGACCCUAAUCUAGAUUUUGUCGCCAUGCCGGCAUUGGCGCCUCCUGAGGUGCGUAUGGAUCCUGCAUUGGUCAGUCAGUAUGAAAAGGAGUUGGUACAAGCUCAGUCGGUUGCUCUUCCGGAUGACGACGAUGAUAUUUAG